AUGAUUAUGAUUAUUCUCUCAGACAAUACAUGGGCCAAUUUUCCUUUUGGAAUCUUCUUGUUCUGAAAGUCCCUUGAAUUCAAAAUUCAAACGAUAUUAUUCGCACCCUUUCUUCUUUGCAAGUGAUAAAAUGCACCUUAAACAACUAUAUACUUGGGCUUUACUUUCUUGUGAACAUUCAUAUUAAAGUCAAAUUGGUCAUUGCAUGAUAAGUCCCUGUUCAGAUUUGAAAUAAGGGAUUUGUUAUUCUCCUUUCUGGGAACAGAUUACCAUGUCCAUUCUGUAUUAGACUUCUUUGCUUUCUUAUGCUGUAGCAAUGGAGCUGCUAUUCAACAUAUUGAAGAAGCACCGAAGGAGUGCAAUUCAAUGAGUUCUCCGAACGCCACCUCAAUCUCAGCCAAAAACCAGAACAAGAAGAGAAGUUCCGUUCAACUUCAUUUGGAUUUGGGACAAUCUGAUUUUCUUCUGUGUACUUGUUCUAUAUGUGGGUUCAAGUUUGCUUGUGGGGAUGAAGGGGAUGAGAAAGUUCACAAGGAAUUUCACAAGGAUUGCUCUCAUGGCAUCCAAUUCAAGGGUUGGCACAAUGAAAGAGUUGUUCAUUUGGCUUCAACCAAAUCGGGGCGCAUAAUUUUGGUGUUGGAUGGUGAUCCGCCUGCUCAUAAGAAAAAGGUUCAAAAAGUUGUUCAGAUGAUGGAGAUGGAUCUUGGAAGUGGAUGGUUGAUUCAUAAACUCUGCAAGGUUUAUUUGUAUAUUUUCCAUCAGAGGAUUGCUGGUUGUUUAGUUGCAGAGUCAAUCAAAACUGCUUACAGAGUUCUAUCAAACUCGGGGGCUCCAAAAAGUGUCAACAAUACCAAUACAAAUAACAACGGAUCUAAUUCAUCUAUACUUCAAUUUGGUGGUAUUAAUUUUCAAAGGGAGGCCGUGGAAAGAGCUCCUUCAGCAAUUAAUCCCGAGGCAUCAGAGGAGGACCUAAUGGGAGCAAUAUUCCUUGGAAAUGAAGCUGUUCCUACCAUUUGUGGGAUUAGAGCCAUUUGGGUUGCACCCUCUAUGAGAAGGAAGCAAAUUGCUUGUCAAUUACUGGAUGCUGUAAGGAUGAGCUUUUGCAAAGGUUUACUGCUGAAACCAUCUCAGUUGGCAUUCUCCAAUCCAACCUCCACUGGAAGGGCGUUGGCAUGCAGAUACUUUGGCACCUCCUCAUUUUUAGCCUAUAAGGCUGCUGAUUGAAAUGUUUGGGAAAUAUAUAGUCAAAGCUUUCUUCAGUGUAGCAUUUCAACUACAUGCAUACAUUUUGCAUGAUACAUACACCAAUGUAUACUUUUGUUUUUUUGUUGAAUAGAUACUUUUUAACAUAUUCAAUUUUUAUUUCUUGCCCAAA